CCUUCGCCGCGGGAGGAAGUUAGCGGUUACGACUUCCUAAACGGUAAGUGGAGGCGGCCAGGAGGAAAAUGGCUGGUGGGAGCAGGUGACCGGGACACACUUGCCUGUAACAAGCACCGGUGUGAGCACUUUAAAGUAAUCCCCAUCAGCGGUGGGUGCAGGAAGCUGCGCUGUGGCGGCGUCUGUGCACCGCGCCCGUCCCACGCACUGCACCAAGCACGCCCUGCACUCGGACCUUCACGGCGCAUUACACUCGUGUCCAUCAUGAGCUGAGGUCACCAAUUACCGAGACCACUCAGGGCGCAGGAAUAAGGAAAAGCGAACCCAGGCCUUGCAGGGACAAAAAUUUAACUUGACCCAGCUGGCAACACGUCUAGGCAGGGCUGGGUGGAGAUGGCGCGGGUCAGUGUGGUGACGGAUGCUGAGCUGAGUGGUGGGACGCCGCACACUCCGCCGUCGCCCGCUUUGUCGCCCCUCGCUCCCGCCUGUUGAUUGAGCGUCGGUACUCCUGGUCGGUGGUCAAGAGGUGUGCGUGCCUGUGCGUGCGCGUGAUCACGGCAGCAGAAGGAAGGUUAGCGCGGCGUCAGCAGAACACGUCCAAUGAAGGGGAGGCAACAUGCAACACAUCCAUCACGACACCCCUGUGCUCACUAGAAUGCGAAAUGCACAUAGUUAUCACCAUUCCCUGUUGAUAUCGCAACGCUCAAGGUUGGCGACUCUUACUGCACCGACGGGUCGCCGAGACAACCAGGGCCUGACGCCACGAUCAAGGGUCUGGCGGACCAACCAGAGGUCUAACAGCACCAUAGGAGAAUUUAUAUCAUUCACAAGAUUCUGAAGGCUGUCUCAAGAGCUUCAUAUUACACCGAAGACCUGACAUCGACACCAUGCUCAAGUUUCGCGUCACCAACAGCACGAAGGCCAGACGGGCGGCGGAGGCCCAGAGGAAGGCCCUCGAGGAGAAGUUACAGCUAGAGUGGGCCUGGAAGCCGAUGGCCGCCAUGAUGAAUGACGCUCAGUCAGACCUCGUCUACUGGAUCCCGCCGCUUUACAGCUCCAACUUGCUAGCGGCCGCUGCCGCAGCAUCUGCUGGGGCCCCUCCAUCACGUCGCGCCUCCGUUGCUGUCACCCCUCAACCACGCCGCUCUUCUCUGCCCCGUUCCUACGUGAGCGGGGUGCCCACCCCUCCCCGCCGCCCCUCCCUCACUCGGACUACCCUCACCCGGCCCUAUGGGGGCUCCUCACAGAGGAAAAGGCGUCUGGCCCAACGACGCCCAAAGAUGUCCCUUGGUAACAUUACACCGACGGAGAUCAACAUUGUUCCCCCACGACCUGAGGUGCACUGCCACGCAUGCGAGCAUGAAGCAGAUGUGAAUGUCUCGGGACAAGAGGACACAGACACUGACAGCGGCAUGCAUGAAGCAGCCGCUCACGAGCUGCCCGGCUUUCCUCUUCAGCAGCACUCCCACGACCCCCACCACCCCCCUCACUACCCCUCACAGCCCCCCCACGACCACCAGCAACCCCAUGACCCCCAGCAGGAGCAUCAGAUGCACCCUCCUCCAUAUUCCCAGGAUCAUCCGCAGCAGAUGCCGAGCGGCUAUCCCCCGGAGCACCAGGUGCCCGGCAGCUACCCCACGGAGCACCCGAUACCCAGCAGCUACCCCCCGGAGCACCAGAUGGCAGGAUACCCCCAGGAACAUCAAGUGCAGGGCACCUACCCUCAGGAACACCAGAUGCCAGGCAGCUACCCUCAAGAACACCAGAUUCCGGGCACAUACCCCCCGGAACAUCAGAUGCCCAGCAGUUACCCGCAAGAGCAGCAGGCAGUUCCUGGCUAUCAGCCGGAGCAGCAGAUGGGCAGCUACCCUCAAGAUCCCCGCCACACCCCAGAGCCUCCGCACCACCCGCCGGCAGCCGAACAUUCCCAGGACCAUCAAGACCACAUCCUGCAUCAACAAAUCUUGUAUCAUGAGCAUCAGCUCCAACAGCUGCAGCAGCAACAGUAUCAACAGUACUACCAGCACCAGUACCACCAGCAAUACCAGCAGCAACAUCAGCAGCAACAACAACAACAGCAGCAGCAGCAGCAGCAGCAACACCAACAACAGCAGCAGCUUCAUCAACAGCAGCAGCAGCAUCUUCACCAGCAACAGCUCCACCAACAACAACUUCACCAACAGCAACACCAGCAGCACCAGCACCAUCCUCAGCACCAACACCACCAACACCAGCACCACCCUGGGCACCCCUCACAGCAGCAACACUCUCGACAGUUCCAACACCACCCACAGUGCAAGCAGCGCCACAUGCAUCAACACCCGAUAUCCACCAUCAGCGAGGAGGGCUCGGUCACCGCCAACAUCACGCCCACCGCCUCCCACCAGGCCGCUAUCGCUCGCCAGCGGCCUUUCCGCCGCUCAACCAUCAAACGUAAGUAUGUCCAUGAGCCAGAUAUCGUGCGACGACACUCAGAACCCGUCAACAAGCCCAAGAGUGCACCCACACUCCUGAGACUCCUCGAGAAAGUGUCCCACAUCCACAGUGUGCCUUUCAAGGCCGCUGACGCCAAGUCCAAGGCCAAGGCCAAAUCUAAGACCAAGAACUUCUUUUCUCGUGACGUCGAAACUCGCUGCUACGGCAGCAAAAAGAUCAAACGACCUUCUGUCAAGGUAUACAAUGCCCCGAGCCGCAUGUCCAGCCGUCGUUCCAAGUCUUCGCAGGAGGAAGAACCCCGCUUCUUUAUGCCUCUUGAGCAGCCCGGUCUGGUUCCCGGAGCCAUCCCAGUUCCUGUAGCCGCGGCCGGUCCUGGGGAGGCAGGAAAGGGGCCGCAUCCUGGGGCUAGCAGACAACCACGCAAGUCACUCUCCGGUGACACUUUCGAAUCUCGUCACGCUCACUUACAGAUGGUGCUACGGCUGCUGUCACAACUGUACCAGGACAAGGUGGGCCGCCAGGACACAGAAAUCAAAGCACUGAAGACCCGCGUACAGACCCAGGACAAACAUCUCAAGAAGAUGGCCACACUUCUACUGCAGCUUCGUGAAGACGUGAUCAGACUGAAAAGUUACCAUCAACCACAGCAGCAGCAGCAACAGCAGCAGCCCCAGCGGGACCCCAGCCAGGUGACUGCCAAGGACGUGACUACUACCACUCUCCUUAGCAUCAAGGUGGGCGACGAAGGCAAAACGACUAUAGACGUGUAGCAUGAGGCUCCCCCCCCUCCCCCCUCCUUCGCCUCCCCCGAGUCCCACCCCUCGUCCCCCACCCCAUCAUUAUCCUCUCUGAUAGCUUUGGCAACCAGCCCGCUACUAACCUCUCCACCUGAGACCUCUGACGACACACUCGUCGCCAAAGCCAAACCAACCACCACGAAGCCACCACCUCGGUCUCCUUGCAGCUCCCCCACCCCUUCCCUCUCCUCCCUAACUGCCACUCCACAACCCACCCCUCCACCUGACCGACUGAUCCACAAAAUCCAUCCCAAAGCCUCAUCAUCCGCCUCGCACCCACCACCUCGGUCUCCUUGCAGCUCCCCAACCCCAUCCCUAUCAUCCCUAAAUAUCACCCCACACCCCACCCCUCCACCUGACUACUCCAAUCACUCACUCCACACCAAACCCACAUCGCCCUCCAUGCACCCACCACCUCGAUCUCUGUGUAGCUCCCCCACUCCAUCCUCUUCCUCCCUGACACUCACCCCAUACCCCACCCCCCCACCUGAUUACUCCAGUCACUCACCCCAUACCAAGGCCACAUCCCCCACAACACACCCAAUACACCCAAUACCCCGAUCUCCUUGCAGCUCCCCCACCCCAUCCUCAUCCUCCCUAACCCUUACCCCACACCCCACCCCUCCACCUGACCGUUCCAGCACUCCACAUCACUCCAAAGCCACAUCCCCCACCACACAACCCAAACCUCGCUCCACCCCCAGCUUAGGCAAGACCCGAUUCCUCCCCUCCCUCCGCACCUCCCACCCCGCCCCCAACCUGGAACGCCUCGUGCAGAAUAUCCACAACUCACUCUACACUUCCGUCUCCUCCCCUGGCGCACAAUCAACGCCUCGCUCUGCAUGUAACUCGCCUUCCCUCGGUUCGACUCCCAGCCCUCGACACUCCCCUCGCGGUUCGCCCUCCCCACGCACCUCCGACCCCCCCACGCCUAUCCAGUCCACGCCCACGAGCAGGCCAACAAGUAGCGGCGCCAAACUCACGAAGGGUCCAGACUAAGCUUACCCUAUCUCCAGCUUAAAACUCCACAUACACUACAUACACAUGCUCUAAAGAACACACACACACACACACACCUACACACACACACACACACACACACACACACACACACACACACACACACGCACACACACACACACACACACGAGAGGUCCUGGGUUCGAUUCCUGGGCGGAGUGGAGACGGAUGGGCAGUCUCCUAUAAUCCGUGCCCCUGUCCACCCAGCAGUGCAUGGGUCCCGGGUGUCAGUCGGGGGUUGUGUCCCGCCUCCCGGGUGUGUGUGGGUGUGAGGUUUCAGCCGUACCCAAAGAUCCGUCACUUGUGGGCAAGCUCAUUCGGGGAGGGUACUGGCUGGCAAUCGCGGUCGAUCGCGUGGUCACACUUUGGUGAAUUACACGCGCGGUCCUUGGUGCUCAAGCUGGAUCUUAGGUCACAAAUAUGUGUCUCAUAGGAUCAUAAUAAUACUCAGUGUUUCGAGGAGGAACCAGUUGCAUAGCUCAUUAAUAUAAAUAGCAAACUUAUGUGUUUGAAGUUGAUAUAUAUAUACAUAUAUAAAUACUAUUUUGAAUUAUUAUCUAAUUGAUUCCAAUACUAUAAAUUGAUAUUAAUGUGGCCUCAACCUACGAAUUUAUUUUCUGAUCAUUCUCGAUGUUCAUAUACCAGUUAUGCUGAAAAUACAUAUAAAUACAUCCCCUAAGAUAUCAAUGAUGAUUAUGAUUACUAUGAUGAUUGUCACAAUAAUGAGGAUAAUGAUGUUUCCGUAACGUGUCAACAAGCACUUACCCUUACCAGUGGUCAUAGCUGUGACGGGACACGAACCCGUCCCCGUGGUGCUCCGCGUCGCGCCGCCGCACCUUCACCCAGUAGUUGUUGUGCGUCGCAGGUGCCGGCGAGCGUCCCCGAGCCAGGCAACGGACGGGGACGCGCCGGCUCUGCGGGGGGAGGAGGCUCAGAGGUGGCCGAGACGACGAUGGCAGCGGUGGCUCACUGCACCCAUACACACGCCUUCAUGGUGUGUGUGUGUGUGUGUGUGUCAAUACUCCUGUUACAUCCAAAUGGGUGCCCCCUUCCCUCCCUGCCCCCUGCCACGCCUCCCCGGGUCUGGCACAGCAAUAUCACGCCAUGCUACCCCCUCUCGACGCAGUUUCGCUCCUUUUUGCCUCCGCCAUUAACGCCUCGGCCACCUCUCUCCGCCUCGCCCGUAGAUGACUCGAUAUUAAACUGUUUGUUGUCAGAAGAGAAUAUUUGUUGUCGAACGAACGCCCUCCGUCAGGCUCCGGUAAAACACGAGCUGUCGCGCUCACAAGUAAAACUCAAGUGUCAAAAACCACGACUCGGUGGUUCAGAAACAUGUUCAGUCGUCCGCGCCGAUCCGGUUUAACUGUGUCGGCUUCGGUGAUUCGGUCCGGGAAGCAGAAAUAGACUUGUUUUACCGGAAGUGACGUCGUUGUUGUUACCAAAGUGUGCAUAACAGUAUUUUUUUCCUAAUAUCUCGUCGGCCCUCCCAACACUUGCCCAUCCACGCCAUCCUCGGCCUCGCCUUCCAGUCUUCGCGCCGUGGCCCCUCACGGACCCGUCUAGUCAUUUUUGCAGUUUUUUACAUUCGUACUUAACAAAACUGUAAACUCAUUUGCCUACAAGCCCGUACUUCCCGUUCUCCUCUAUAUCUACAAGUAUUUUUGAGUGUUUCUAUUUUGAAUGACUUUGAAGUUAAAGUUCAUACCUGAUGAAUGUUAGUACCAAAAAUAUAAUUGUUCCCUGUUGAAUAAAGAAGAUUUAUCCGUUAUGUAAAUGGAAAGCAUAUAUAAUAUAUAUCCUUAAACGUUGUA